AUGGAUUGUGAUCAUGAGCUGGAUCCUUUCUCCAGUGAAAGCCUCUGGAGACUCUCCAAAUUCAGCAUAGAAGCUCUACAGCCAUUGGGAUCGGUGCCAUGGAACACUACUCUAAGUGAUGAUACUACAUCUUGCUUUGAGAUAUACCCGCAGCCCACAGAUAAGAUCGACCCUGUAUGGAAGCUGGAUCUCUUUCCAACCGGCUUGGACAGGCCUGAAUCAUUUACCGAGUCGAUCAUCAAUCCCUCCAUAGACGGCGAGUCUGACGCCACCUGUGAUUCGUUAAGAGACAUCUCUGGCGAUGACAAUGAUAUAUGGUCCUCGGAUUUACUUCUGGAAGACCCCGGUCAAAUACCUCCACAGAAAUCAUGGGAGAGGUAUCAACACAGGUCUUUCCAAGAGCCUGUGUCUGUCUACUUUAGUGAAUCUGGUCCAACGGGAUUCGAUGCAGUUUUGGCACAGCAAAAUACUGCAAAGAGAAAUGGUGUACCAACUCGAAUGGUUAGAACAGAUGUGUUCAUUCGAUCACUGCUUCGUCUCGGGCUUGGCUGGAGCUCUGCAUUCUUUCGCUAUGAGCAACGCACCAACCAAUUUGAAAGACAUUUGAAAGAUAUCCGGAUUUCUGGUAUUAGCUCAUUGGCAUUGGAAAAUGUGAUUGAAUAUGUGCUACAAUGUGGUACCAACAUGCAGCGUAUGCGGUUGUUUGCGCAAGACCCGCCAGCCAAAUGCAAAGAACUGUCUGCUUUGUUCUCAUUAAGCAGCACGGUUGCUGUAAUACUCUUCAACCUUGAGCAACAGAUCUCCGAUCAGUCAAAAAAUAUUGCCUCACUCCUGCAAAUAAAGGCAUUAUUUCACCGCUGCGGGGACUUGAUAGGUGCCCUAGCAGGUAUUGUUGGUGCUGCACUAAGGGCUGUCUCGGACGCGCAAGUUAUGUCAAUUGUUAUCGACCGUGCAGCCUUUUUUGCUCAGAAGUUUAGCUGGAUGGAGAACCUUGUGCAUGAGAUUGUGAUUCGAGUGACUCGGCCAUGGUUCAAAUUCAUCGAGACUUGGAUUGGGCUUAGACCCGAAGACGCAGCUCUCAAAGCAUCCAUGGCAAGCGGCAAAACCUUCGUCCGACUGAAUACUCAUGAUGCUGUCAAGUUCAAGACUGGGCCAGCACGAAUCGACCACAUCUAUCAAGUGGACCACAUGCCGUCUUUCAUCCCGGCCGACCAAGCCCGUUCCAUCUUUGAAAGUGGGCGAAGCCUUCAACUAUUGAAACGAUCCCACCCUCGUCAUCCCAUCGCACGGCGUGAUGUUCUCUUACGAACUGGUGGCCUUCAUCUGCAUUGUGCGACCACUUGGGCUGAUAUUGAGCAAAUUCAAACAAAAGCCCUGGAGUACGAGUCAAGGCUCCGCGAUGAGAUCAAGAGAUAUCAUAAAGGUGAUUUAGGCUUGCAGGAUUCGCCGUCAAAUGUCGUCACCCAGGGUCUCGAUCAAAUGGCCGAUACAGAAGUUACAACGGCAGCCUUUGAACUCUUCAACAUAGAUGAUGAAAAAAAUGCUCUAGGGCCGGUUACAGAUCACAAGGCUUUUUCAAAAGACGAUUUUAAGCAAUUGCUUGAGAAAGCCCGGGGAGUUGAAACCGAAAACACCAAUGCAGCAAGUUAUCUCGGUCCUGAAUUGGCAUCUGGCCUCCAUCUAUCUCUUGCACCAAUUAUUUCGUCGCAGGCACUUCUCAUCGACUACUCUUGCCUGCACCUUCUCUUCAAAGAGCAUCGAAUUCGCCAUCACCUGAACAUGCAAUGGCGCUUCCAGUUGCUGGGAGAGGGCUCAUUUGUCGCCCGCCUUUCUAAUUCUCUAUUCGACCCGGAAAUGGAAAGUGGAGAGCGAAAGGCUGGGAAAGUGCGCAGUGGUGUUGACACCGGCUUACGACUCGGCAGUCGUGACACAUGGCCUCCAGCUAGUUCGGAGUUGCGACUCGUGUUGAUUGGCCUGCUAGGAGAUUGUUACUUCGGCAGCACAAACACAGAGGAUGACGAGAAAACCCACAUUCAAAAGGAUAACGAGUUGCCUGGCGGCCUGAGCUUCGGAAUUCGAGAACUGACAGACGAAGAAAUCGAAAGAUGUAAAAAUCCAAAUGCAAUAGAGGCUUUGGACUUCCUUCGUCUGCAGUACACGCCGCCAGAAGUCCUUGAAUCUCUCAUUACUGCCCGCUCUUUGAAUAAGUAUGAUCGUCUCUUCAAGCAUUUGCUUCGGUUAAUCCGCAUGGUUUCUGCCGUCAAAGGACUUAUCCGGGAUUCUACUGCUCGAGAAUCUCUAGCAGGAGACUCACACGAUGUAUACCAGAAAUUUAGGGUGGAUGCCCAGCACUUUGUGCUAGCGGUCAGUGAUUACUGCUUCCAUAUUGGCAUCGGAUCCAUCUGGCAGCGCUUCCAAAACACACUUACCAAGAUCGAGCACUACCUCAACCGCGGUGACAUUGAUGGUACGAUUGAAGCGGCGCACUCAGUACCACGACUUCGUGAUUAUCACGAAGACAUGCUUGACCAGAUGCUGUUCGCGUUAUUCCUCAGCAGGCGCCAUGCGCAGGCGGCCAAACUGCUUGAAUCCAUUUUUGGCACCAUUCUCGGCUUCAGCCUUCUAUCAAGAGCAGAUGGAAUCGGGAUGCGUAACGAAAGCGAAGGAGCUGUUCUCCACCUGUACCAGUCUUUUAGAAAACAGACCUCCGCCUUUGUUAAUUACCUGCGCAGCCUGGAGUCCGGAAAGGCCACUUCGAAAUCAAUGGCCAAAUCAGGGGAAUUCUUCUCUUGGCAGACAGACCCAACCAGUGUCUUUGAGCAUCUACGGGUGAGAUUAGACGUGAAGAACUACUAUUGA